AUGAUGAGGGUCUUUUUAUUCAAUUUGCUGGUUGCUGUUUUAUUCAUUGACAUCGCUGAACCGUCUGUCGAUGUGUUCCCUUUGCAAAGGAUCUCACGGUCACAACUCGCUCUUUCAACUCUUUUGGUUCCAUAUCCAAGAGUUGGGAAGCGAAGCACUAACGGCACGGAUCACCAACUGUCAGCUCCAAUACUACAUGCCAAACGACUGUUUGCGACUGUCGGAAAAAGAACUUACAUGUAUGCAGCUCGUGUGGGAAAGUAG